AUGGGCUCAAUCGAAGAAUCAACAUUCACCAUCCCGAAUCCCUUCCGGACUCGCAUUCUCAAUGGCGAGAUUACUCCACUCAUGUCCAUCAAAUAUAUGGUGGGAAACGAGAUGGCUAUGAUGGCCAAAAUGGCCGGGUUCCACGCCGUCUUCAUCGACAUGGAACAUUCAUCCCUCGAUAUGCGCACUGUGGCCCAAUUCACCCUGGCCUGCAACUACGUCGGCAUUUCUCCCGUCGUCCGGUCUCCCUCCAAGUCUCACUGGCAUAUCAGCCGUAUUCUUGACGCGGGUGCUGCCGCUGUCGUCAUUCCUCACACUGAGACCGUUCAAGAAGUUCGCGAUCUAGUCCAUCAUGCAAAGUAUGCACCGCUCGGUGCUCGCGGAUGCACGAAUAACCAGCCCGCAUUCAACUUCCAGCACGUUCCUACUCUGAAGCAGAACGAGGCUAUGAACACUCAGACCAUGCUGAUUCCCAUGAUUGAGACCCCCGGCGCUGUCGAUAUUGCAGAGGAAAUAUUCGCUAUUGACGGCGUUGACGGUGUUUUAAUUGGUUCCAACGAUUUGUGUGCAGACCUGGGCAUUCCCGGAAAGUACGACGACCCACGGUAUCUUGAGUCGGUCACCAAGGCGAUCAACGCAGCCAACAAGUUCGGAAAGCCAAUUGGCAUUGGAGGUAUUGGUGGGCGACUCGAUCUUCUGGAGAAGUGGUUCUCUAUGGGUGCAACCUGGUCGUUGAGCGCUGCAGACGGCCCUAUCCUUCAGAACGGCAUGAAGACGACCGUGCAGAACUACGAUAAGAUCCGCUCAAGGCUGGCCAAGGCGAAUGAAUAA